CGACGGCUAGAAGAAAGCUAGCUCUCUGUUCACGGGGGCGAACCGCUUGUGCUCCAACUGGACGACCUAAGUAACAAUUUGACCGAUUUUACCGAAACCAAGACAUUUUGCUCAUAAAGGUCGUGUAUAAAUCGCGAGGGGCGAAGGUGAAGGUCAAGACACCAGCCCAAACUGAACCCAGCCCCCAGUGUCAAACAUCAGGCAGACGACAUCCCUGCACACAGACGCUAUGGAUCGUUCACCAACAACCUCCAGCCUGAUGGCGAGCAGCAACGUCACCAACAAGACCGACCCGCGCUCCCUCAACUCCCGGGUCUUCAUCGGCAACCUCAACACCCUGCUGGUCACCAAGGCCGACGUGGAGGCCAUCUUCGCCAAAUACGGCAAGAUCGUCGGCUGCUCCGUCCACAAGGGCUACGCCUUCGUUCAGUACGCCAACGAGAGAAACGCCCGAGCUGCUGUCGGCGGGGAGGACGGGAGGAUGAUUGUCGGACAAGUACUCGACAUCAACUUGGCAGGUGAACCCAAACCACACCGGUCAAAAACCACCAAACGCUCUGCUGGAGACAUGUACAGCAGUUCCUCAUUUGACCUCGACUAUGAUUUUCAGAGAGAUUACUACGACAGAAUGUACUCGUACCCGUCCCGCGUCCCGGCUCCUCCUCCUCCUCUGUCGCGGGCCGUGAUCCCGUCCAAACGCCCGCGGGUCAGCCUGAGCGGAGGAAGCAGCCGGAGAACCAAGAGCAGCUUCUCCUCUUCUUCCAAGAGCAGUCAGAGAACUUCCUCAUCCAGAACGAUGAAAGUGGACGAGCUGCAGACCAUCAAGCGCGAGCUGACCCAGAUCAAAAGCAAAGUGGACGACCUGCUGGAGAGCUUGGAGCGCAUGGAGAAGGACCACAGCAAGAAGUCGGAAGCUAAGAGCAUAAAAACGGAGCCAGGCGAGGUUACUUCACCUCCACACCCCAGCAACAAGAAGGACGAUGGACUGAAGAGGGACAGGGAGAGCCAGGACUUGAACGACUCCGAGGAAGAGGACGACGAGGAGGAGGAAGAGGAGGGAGACCUGCUGGAGGAGGAAGAAGUGAAGAGCCAAGAGAGGGAGGAGGAGGAAGAGGAGGAGGAAGGGGAGCACGUGGAGGGAGACGACGACGCCGACAGCGUGAACGGCGACGAGGACUCGUAGGACCACGGCGACGCAUGCAGCGAACUCGCAGCUUCCAGUAGGAACUCGGACUCCUGUUUUAACUCUCAUGUUGUAGAUAGAAAAGCAAACGUGCACACAGACACACACACACACACAAGCAUGGUGCGCACACUCUGUUGAAACAUUGUCUGUUCAUUGUCCUUUUUUUUUUGUUUGUUUUUGUUUAUUUUUUUGCCAGUUGUCCGGUAUCACUGAAACAGGAAGAACUAGCUGUAGGUUUCGGUUUGUGUUUUUACUGCGUCAUUGCUUGUCUUCAGGUGAAGGCAGCAACAUGAACUGUGGAUGUUCUCAGAGACGACAGCUCGACGGACAUGUCUUAAAACGCCAGGAUGGAAAAUUCAGCUCCACGAGAACGUUUUAAAUUUUCAAUGUGUUUUGUUUUUCUUUCUCAUCAGUGAGUUUGACCUUGUGUCUGUAUGUUAAUGUCGGUUUUUUAUACUAUUCAGUUUCGGUUCAACAGUAAAGGAAUAAAUUGCAAUAAAAUGUUAAAAUCUAA